ACUGCCCGGGAGGAGGACCGAGUUCUUCUUGAUUCUUUCUUUGCCGGGCGAGCUCAGCUGCCGCCUGCCUGGAGGGAGCAGCGCUUGGCUCUGUUUCCGCUCGCUGCUGUGAUCUAUGGAGGAAGGAGCCGGCGCCGAAACAGAGCCUUUGCUGUCUCCAGGACGUCCCGGCCGGCCGGCCCGAGCGCUGAGCCGCCUCUACUCGGACGGGGACAGCACUGACCUCAGAGACGAUGGAUGCUGCGUCGAGUCCGCGGCCUCGUUGCCUUACAGUAUAGGGAACGUUACUGAUCAUGACCUCUACUUCAACCAAGCUGUAGUCUUCAUUGAAGAUGCAAUUCAGUAUCGUUCCAUAAAUCACCGUGUGGACUCUUUCUCCUUAUGGCUGUAUCGGUGGUAUUAUUCAGAUGUUUGCCAAUGGGUUUUGAUUGCCACAAUUACACUAAUCCUGGCUCUUGCAUUCAUUGAAACGCCUUCUUCACUUACCAUCACAUCAGAUGUGCGAUAUCGCUCUAAAGCCUGGGAGCCUCCUUGUGGCCUGACAGAGAUAGUUGAACUGCUUUGCUUCCUUGUCUUUAUACUGGAUGUCUCUGUAAAGAGUUACCUAAUAGGAUGGGAAGAAUUUCGGAAAACCAAGUGGCUGAUGGCAUAUAUCCUGAUUCUAAUAGUCUCACUUGUAGACUGGAUUGUCUCAAUGAGCUUAUCCUGUAGUGAGGAACUGAGGAUAAGACGAAUCCUCCGACCUUUCUUCCUCCUUCAGAACUCUUCAAUGAUGAAAAAGACACUAAAAUGUAUCAAAAGGACACUGCCAGAAAUUGCAAGUGUUAUGCUGCUCUUAGCACUUCACCUGUUUCUCUUUACCAUAUUUGGCAUGCUGCUGUUUGCUCGAACAAAGGACAAGGAGUGGCAGGGAUAUUUCCACAACUUACCAGAUUCACUGACUUCAUUACUGGUAUUGCUGACAACUGCAAAUAAUCCAGAUGUGAUGAUUCCUGCAUAUUCUAAGAAUCGAGCCUAUAGCAUCUUCUUUAUACUCUUCACUGUGAUAGGAAACUUGUUUCUGAUGAACUUGCUGAUAGCAAUAAUAUACAAUCAGUUUCGUGGAUAUCUUCUGAAAUCAGUUCAAUCCUCACUCUUUCGGAGAUGCUUAGGAAUCCGAGCUGCAUUUGAAGUUCUUUGCUCUCUGAAGGAGACAUGUCUCAAUAAGAAUAUCUUGUGUGUCCAAUCUGAUACCCUAUUGCAAUUACUGCAGAAAGUAAAAAUGGAUUCCUACUGCAAGGAAGCAAUCAUUAGGAAGCUGGAGUCGUGUCCUCAGGGAGGAUUGUCAGCUGCUCAGUUCCAGACACUCUUUGAUGAACUUGGCAAACCUAAAGUUAAAGAGCAUCCUCCCAGGCCAGAUUACCAGUCACCUUUUCUACAGAGGCUUCAGUUUAUCUUUGGUCAUCACUACUUUGAGUAUUUGGGGAAUGCUGUAGCUCUCGCAAACAUUUUCUGUGUCUGUGUCAUCUUGGUGAUAGAUGCAGAUAAGUCUCCUGCUGAGCAGGAUGACUUCCUUUUAGGGGUUUUAAACUGUUUCUUUGUUCUCUGCUAUCUGCUGGAAAUGUUGUUGAAAAUAUUGGCACUGGGGUUAAAAAGAUAUUUAUCCUAUCCAAGCAACAUCUUUGAUGGACUUCUGACUAUAGUUCUGCUGGUUCUGGAGGUAUCAACAUUUGCUGUAUAUGGAUUUCCUCAUCAAGGCUGGAGACCUGAAAUGCUGGGCUUGCUGUCUCUGUGGGACAUGGUCCGCAUAGCAAAUAUGUUGAUUGUAUUCAGAUUUCUGCGGAUCAUUCCCAACAUGAAGUUCAUGUCCUUAGUUGCCAGUACACUUCUGGAUCUGUUGAAAAACACAAGAGCAUUUGCUGGGAUCUUGGUGGUGGCUUUCUAUGCAUUUGCAAUAAUUGGCAUAGUGCUGUUUAGGGGUGCUAUUGUUCCCAUGGGCAAUUCCAGUGUCAUAAACAUGACAGCUAGCAACGCCUCCAGCCAUUGUGGCACAUAUGAACAGCUGCAAUAUUGGCCAAACAACUUUGAUGACUUCGCUGCAGCGCUGGUGACUCUGUGGGAUGUGAUGACUGUAAACAACUGGCAAGUUUUCUUGGAUGCGUUUUCCAAAUAUUCAUCGUCGUGGUCAAAAUUGUACUUUGUCAGCUGGUGGCUGAUUUCUGCUGUUAUCUGGGUCAAUCUGUUCAUUGCUUUUCUUCUGGAGAAUUUUAUUCACAAAUGGGAUCGUCGCUGCCAUCGGUCAUCUCUUUCAGAAGAUGAAUACCAGAUGACUGUAGAACUCAUGUUCAGGGAUGUUUUGGAAGAACCUACAGAGGAAGAGCUGAUUGCAAAACUUCACCAGCAUCCACAUAUGCAUCUGUGUAGAUGACACAUCAGCAGAAAUGGCAAUCCAUUUUAGCAUGCCUGCAUGCAGGUAGCUGCAAGAAAGAUCCUGCAAAUCUUUCUGAAAGAACCUCAUCUGAUCUUGCUUGCCCACUAUGCCAAGUCUUUAAAGAUUACCAGCUGUUCAUUUUUAAACUUUUUUUUAAAAAAUCCUCUUGUGACUUUAUUUUAAGUUGGUUUUAUGAGACCAUGGAGUAGUCACUUUAAAAAUCUGAAAGACAAUGUGACCAAAGAGUUUAACUUUUUUUUAAAAGAAAGUAAAUAAAACUGUAUUACUACUACAUUGCACUUUAAAAUAGAAACUGUGGAAGUUAUGUUGCCACUAUGCUGGCUUUUUGCUUUCAGUUUUCUUUUUCUUAAAAAGCAAACUUUGUUUGCCGAAUUGUCUUUUCUGGUAUUUGUUGUGUGCUAUGCCAAGGACAGUGCCUUAAAGUUAUCAAAAGGUCUGUGUAAAAUGCUGAGCUUUUUUUAAAGUAAUGAGAAAAUAUGUAAUACUAAGUUUUGAAGUUGAAAGAAGAGGUCCCCAUUAUUCAAGUAAUUCAGUUACAUCAUCAUCCGUUCCAAAGUGGAUUACCUGUGUUGCUGAGAAUAAUACAGUGCCAGUUAUCACUGGUCAGAGCAUGAUCUCAAGCAGUAGGUUUUGCCCUUGGAACGGUUCUGAAGUAAGGGGCGUCUGUUACAGGCCUGUGGUCACUGCUGUUGCAUAGCCAUUUCAGUGAAUCUUAAACAGCUCCUUGCACAUGCCUUAUUGAAAUGACUGGCUGUUAUACAACUAGAGUGAGUUGGAUCAUGCCUUCUUGUUUUCGUAUUGUUUUUUUAUUGCACUGUAUUUGCAUAUGCCAAAGUGGCAAAGGAAAUACAUGUGCAGAAAUAGGUUUUUAUGCUCAGGUGCCAUUGCACACGGUUCGGGAACCGAGCACACAACUGGAUGCACAUUUAAGAAAACUUCUGCAUUGCAGUGCAGUUUCUGUGAGGUUGCACUUCUUUGUUGUUAUCUGGAAGGAAAUGCACAUCCCCACCUGUUGAGCAUGACCACUUCUGGAUUUGGGCCACUGUGGUUCUUACACAUCCGUAGAAAAUGGGAAGGACCACUUUAGUGCACUUUGGGGUUGUGCUUCCCAGAUGUGUAAAAGUAAAGUUAUAUUUCACAGAAUGCAGAAAUUCUGUGCGUAUGAAUGUUUCCAAUUGCAUUCUCUUACUGUAUCUCUGACUAUUAGCAUUGCCAACCUUCUAAGAGUCUGGUUUUUGCUAGAAAGUUGCAUUCAGGAUCUUGAGACUGUUCAAAGCUACAACUUCUACUAUACCAUGUUUAUGAAGAUUGGUACUUAAAACUUUGCUGAACUCUUCUUGAGAUAGUUGGUAACAUAAAGUAAAACCUCUAGAGAGGUUAUCAGUAUCUGGAUUUGUGAGUUCUCAAAUCCUGUUAAAGGUGAAAGCAGUUAUAUUUUGUAUUGUUUUUAAAAAGUAGAAUUCAACAUGUUGUGGUGCCACCAAAUAGAAACAGGAUUGCAGCAGUAAAUCUCAGCCUUUUAAAUUGUAAUAAUUAGAAAUGUAUAUGGUCAUUGGCUCAUCCAUCCAUCCUACAAGCUUGUGUGUAUGUGGCUUGGUCAUCCACGCUCUAAAACCCCUCCCCACCUCAUUUACUGGGAUAUUUUGAAGGAUUUACAAAACUCAGAACUGGAGGGCAUGCCAUCCUUGUACACAAAUUGAUCAUCUCAGGCAUUUGUUUAGCUUUAAUUGUCUUAAAUUAAGCACUGUUGUUUUCAGUGGAGGAAUAGCUCAUCCAGGCUUUGCCCUGUUGCUCCACCCCCUUCCCUGAAUGUCCACACACCAAUUUUCCUAUGUUUGAUGUCACCAUGCUCCCAGCUCUAUCCAUCUUCUCUUAGCCGGAGGGGCAGGUGCUGCUACAGGAAUACAUCAAGUGGUGGGGAGCUGAUUGGCACACAAACGUUUUGGAAAUACAGCUGGACAAUGGCAGCACUGGAGGUUAUCUGGCCGAUGACAUUUGCUUGGGCUCCAUGAUGCUGGCGCAAGUGUAGGGCCUGCCACCCAGCAUCUACCGUGACUUUGAUCCACUUGCCUGAUCCAUUGCUACAACAUCACAGAGCCUGAGCAGGAAUCAUUUACUCAGGUAGUCCUGAUGCUGCCAUCCAAGGUGGAGCUCAAAUUGCUGCAGAAGGGCCAAAGAGAUGUGCAGCCACCUUAGAGCAGCAGACCUCUGGGGCCCAUGUGCCUCCUCCAUCUGCAGGAAGGCAGAGGGAGGGAGGCAAGGCUCUGGAAUAAAACUAGGAUACAGCAGGGAAGAGAAGUGUGCAAAGCCAGGCCAGGAGUGAGGGGGUUGACUUUCCCUCAAGGCUCCUUACUCCAAAGUAGACCCGCAGCAAAGAUUGAGAUUGUCUGAAGAGGACAACUGUAGUUCGGAGCAUCCCAAACUGAAUAAUAUGCAGCAGCCCUUUGGAACCAUUCUGAGGUGGCCACUCCCAGGCCAGCCAUCUCCUCACAGUAUUGCACACUUCUGGUGUGUGUGUGUGUGUGUGUGUUAGAGAGAGAGAGAGAGAGAGGGCUCUUUUACAAGAAGGAUAGGGCACUACAUGAUAGCGGUGUGCAACUCUAUUUGCCAUCAAAUUGAUUUGGGUCAAAUUUGGGUGAUUCGCAAAUUUUGACCCAGAAUUGAAUCACCUUCAAAACAGAAGACAUGAUUCGGGGUUGAGGAGAAUCACCCCUGUUUCCACUCGAAUUGGUUUGGAUGAUUUGAAUGCCAUUUGUUUUGCUUAAAAAAAACGAGCCUCAGAAUGGUGCUUUUUUCAGGGAGAGCUGGUCUACCAAUUGGGAUCGGUGGGUAGACCAGCCCUCCACUCUCGACUUGGCAUGUCAGCCUACCUUGGAGGACAGGUCUACCCAGGUAGACCUGAUCUCUGAAGCGGGCUGACAUGCCAUGUCCAGAGCAGAGGGCUGGUCUACCCACCUAUCUCAGUUGGUAGACCAGUUGUCCCUGGGGUGGAAAUCACUUUUUUUAGGCAUGUUUUUCCAGCAAAAUGGGCCUUAAAAUGGCAUGUGAAUCACCUGAAUCGAUUUGGGUGAUUUGGGGCUGAUUCGUCAAGGCAGUUGGCCAAGCUGGCUGAUUUUGACAAAUCAGUUCGAGGGGUUCAUGAUUCAAUUCAACUAGGGCUGGGGCAAGCUGAGGGCAGAGUGGGGAGUGGUUCCCUUAAGAAGCAGGUAAGCAGCUCCUUACCUGCUUGUCCACCGCACUCUAAACGGCCGCACAGGGCUGCGACGCUGUUCCCUGCAGCCUCCACGUGCCGACACUGCAUAGAGGCUGCAGGGAACAGUGGCGCAGUCCCGUGCGGCUGUUGGGAGAGCAGUGGGGUGGGGACAAGCAGGUAAGGAUCUGCUUAGCUGCUUUUUAAGGGAACCACUCCCCACCCUGCCAAGCUGGCUUGAAUGCUGGCGCGUGAGCCAGUUUGGCGCUUCCCAGAGGAGGUGAUGAACAGGCUCGUGUACAUCUCUCGAUUCAACCUUGAAUCAAAUUGCAGAUUUUGAUUCAUGUACAUCUCUAGUGCAAGACUCUGCUUCCUGGGAAGGAGCCCCACUCUAUACCAGAAGCACACAGUACUUCAUGGGUUUAGCCAUGUUCCCAAGGGCUGCUGCAUAUUGUUUGGUUUUGGAUGUUCUGCGCAGUCCUACUGAAAAGUGCUAAUUGCCCAUCAUUUCUGACUGACACUUUGGCUAGUUUUAGGAUAAACAGUAGGAGUGAAUUGUGCAUCACAUAGUGUGGACAAGACCUAGAUAUGCAAGUCCUUUAAAGUGUCUAAAACGUCUAACUGUGAUUUUAGUGAGGAAAGGAAUUGACCACUUGGCUGAACAUUGUAAUGGCCGGCAUGGUGUAGUGGUGGACUAGGACCAAGGAGACCAGAGUUCAAAUCCCCAUUCAGCCAUGAAUACUCAUUGGGCGAUUCACUUGAUACUCUGGGCCAGUUACUUAUCUCUCAGCUUAACCUACUUGACAGGGCUGUAGUGAGGAAAAACAUAUCAGUGUACACAGCCCUGUUAUAAAUGUAUAAACAAACAAACAAGGGCAGCAAAUAUGUCAAUAUAUUAUGGGAAAAUGGUUUUCUAUACAGGGGAUUUGUGUCAUGCCCUAAUCCAGCAAAUCCUACAUUCAUUACUGAUACUUAUGAAUUAUUUUAUCAGCAAGGAUUAUUAAAUUCUUGUUCUGCUUUAGGUCUUCCCUGUUUUCUGCUUUGGGGUGUCUUCUUGUUCUCUGAACUCUCAGUAAGCAAUUUAAGCUGCCAAUUGGCCUUCUGUAAUAUUCAAUCUGGAAUUUCCUUUAAUGAGUACUGAGUAUGUCCUGACCUGUUUCUUUCGUUUAUCUGUGUCCCAUAUAUACUCCUGGGCUAAAUCUAGUAGCUGGUGGAGGCCUGGUGGGCAUGGUCAGCAAGCACGUGGUUGCAGGGCUGUGGCUUGCUAGUGCACUCCCAUUUGCUUUCAUCCAUGAGUUCAGGUAUAACACCUGAACAGGGCUGGAGGAAAGGCCCCAUCAUCUUAGCUAUGGCAGUCAUUUCUUCUCUAGCAAGUUAACUUGCUAUAGCAUAUAUUCCAUAAGAGCACUAUUUAGAUUAUUCCUGGCCUGGCCUCAGCAGAGACUUUGGUUGGCACUUACCUGUGCAGCUCAAGCAUGUGACAGUAUCCUUCCACUUCAGACUGCAGAUAAGGAGUUGCAUCUCUAUAGAAAUCUUUGACAUGCCAUGUCCCCCGCCCUUUGGUUCUUUGUUGACACUUUGAUAUUCUCUCCAUCUAAUAGGAAAUUGGCCACAGAGCCAAUUUUCCUUUUGGUUGUCAAAUGUCUGCUGCAACUCCUUACUUGAAGCUUUCAUCCUUUUUAAGGACCUGUAAAAACCAGCAUUUGUAUGCAACAUUGCUCCUUUUCUUCUUUUAUGUCACUCUUCUUUUUUGCACUGGUGCCAUUUGGCCAGUAUAGACUACCAAUACGAUAUAAAUCCCAUUCCCUCAUGCUCUGGGACCUUUUAUAGAGAAACAACUGAAAAUAAUAUAUAUUUUAUGUGUUGGAUUGAAUGUGUUCCAUAAAUGUCUUACAAUGUAUCAAUACAAAUCAUUUAUUGAGAGCACAAAUAUUUGAAUGUAAUUACUGAUGUCAGUAAAAUAUUUUUUGAGACAA